CGUUAAACCAAAAUUUUCUUUGCAGUUUUUCUUCACUUGUUAUAUUAUAUAAAUAAACUAAAAAUUGAAAUUACUCUAGUCCUAAUUUUAUAUUACAAAUAAAGUGUAUAAAAAUCUUUUAAUUAAAAAAAAAACAUUAUUGACAAUUAAUAGUUUCAAAGAAAUUUUUAUUGAUUAUGGGAGAUAAUACACCAAAACAAAAUUCUCAACAAUAUGAAGCUAAGCCAGGAGAUGGGAUCCGAUCAUUGAGAACCUCAACUGCUUUCAGAGCAUUAAAUUUCGAAUUAUACGCUAAGCCGAACGCGAUUAUAAUGGCAAUUGGUUGUGUGUGCUUUGCUACUGCUUUAGGUUAUAUAGCAUAUAUGAGAUCUAAAUAUGAAGAUAUGGGAUAUUACGCCGCAGUUCAACCUGAUGGAACCGAAGUAUUUACGAAAAAGAAAUCUAGAUGGGAUACUUAAAUGUACACCUGUGUGAAAUUUAUUAGGUUAUAUUAAAAAAAAUUUUUGUUUUUGUAUAAAAAAUUUAUUUGUUUGAAAUUAUAAUUUUCUCGUGACCCACAUUCGAAAAACAAAAAAAAAAAAAAGAUUGAAGCAUUGAAUAGAAAGGUAAAAAAAAAUAUAUUUAUAAUUGCCUUCAAUUUUAUUUUAAGAAGGAGCGCUGUUAUUUGAAGUUUUUUAAUUAAAGUAAAUUAAAAUUAAAAAUUUUAGAUAGUUUUACAGUUGUUAUAACAUGUUGUUUGUAUAUUGAAGUAUGAUGCUUAGUCAUCAGCAUCAUUCAAGGUUCAUUUCAUAGACUUUUCUAUUAGUGUAAUCCAAUAGAAAAGCCUUA